GCGGAAACUAGUCAAUUACCGUCACGGACGUUGCCGUGAACUUUACCGGCGUUGAACUCCCCGCUGGACCGCAGACCGUUAGCUCUGUUAUAGCAUCAGAGUAUGGGCAGUGUGUUGGCUGCCGCCUCCCCCAGUCCAGCUCCAGUUGCAGCUGCAGCUGGAGCUGGUCAGGGGGUCCCUGGAUUGGUGUCGGUCCCCCCAGGGUUUUCCAUGCCCUCAGUGUCUUCCGUCCCUCCGACAUCUGGAUCUGGCCAGCAGACAUCGGAUGCAGAUUCCCCACUCCCAAACCCGGGCACGUAUGAGGAGUGCCACCGCAAAUGUAAAGAGGUAUACCCCAUGCAGAUGGAAGGGGUGCGGUUAUUGGUCAACAAGGGCCUGAGUAACCACUUCCAGGUCAGCCACACUAUUACCCUCAGUACCCAGGGUGAUUCUGGUUAUCGAUUUGGUUCCACCUACGUAGGCAGUAAACAGAUGGGACCAGCCGAGUCGUUCCCUGUUAUGGUCGGUGACAUGGACAAUACUGGUAGUCUUAAUGCCCAGGUCAUCCACCAGCUCACAAGUGCUGUACGCUCCAAAAUAGCCAUCCAGACUCAGCAGCAGAAGUUUGUGAAUUGGCAAUGUGACCUGGAGUAUCGUGGUGAACACUAUACUUCUGCUGUGACGCUUGGAAAUCCAGACGUACUUGUUGGAUCUGGCAUUUUGGUUGCUCACUAUCUCCAGUCUAUCACACCAGCGCUGGCUCUGGGUGGUGAGCUCGUGUACCACAGACGGCCAGGGGAAGAGGGGACCGUCACUUCCCUAUUGGGCAGAUACACAGGUGACAACUUCAUUGCUACUUUGACUCUGGGAGGUGCAGGUGCUCAUGCGACAUAUUAUCACAAAGCCAAUGAUCAGCUGCAGGUAGGAGUUGAAUUUGAAGCCAGCACAAGGAUGCAAGAAACCACAGCAUCCUUCGGCUAUCAGCUGGACGUUCCCAAAGCUAACUUCCUCUUUAAAGGUACAGUUGACAGUAAUUGGGUGGUAGGGGCAACCCUUGAAAAGAAACUGUUGCCACUGCCUCUCACCCUGGCCCUAGGGGCUUUCCUUAACCAUCGCAAGAACAAGUUUCAGUGUGGUUUUGGUGUCACCAUUGGCUAAAGGUGCAGGGUCUGUCCUAUGCAUCCCGCGGGCCACUGCUUGGACCGAAACAGAGACACACAGGAACCUGCACUAAGUUUUAGAAAUUGGAUUCAGAGACUCUCUUACAACUGAUUUCUUGGGCAGACAGAGAGACAAAGACCAAGGAGCCAGGACUGACCAAGCCAUGCCUACAUGCUGUAGCACAAAUGUCUUUCCUUUAUGGUGUAUUGGAUGUACCCAGAGGCUAGAGAGAUGUACAUCCGAGGACAUCAGGUGAUGCAUGAGAACAUGUGAUGUGAAAAUCAAAGUAAGUGGUUAGCUAUAAUAUAUGAUGAUAAUAAUGAUGGAUUGAAAUAAAUGUGAUUACUUUUGUAAAAAAAAAGAUGUUAUUUAUUACCACGACUGGCUGCAAAGCAGUGAUGCACUUAAAUUAUGUAUAGAAUAAUAUCGACCAUGUCUCAAGAUUCAUUUUAAUCUUAUCUCCUGAAUGUACAAAAAAGCAACUGAUCUUCACAUGUUCAUAUCAGCUCUUUAUAGCACUAAUAGAUUAUUUUUACAGCUUGUUUCUGCUGCCCCCAUGUGGCAGAAAACAAUCACAUCUGUUAGUGAGCGAUAACCUGUGGCCAGCUUUGAUUUUUUCAAGGUUUGUAUUACUUAGCAGGUAAGUGUGCAUGAGGUGUGUCAUAGAGUUGAAACAAUUAAAGUAGUAUUAGUGGCGUGGAUAGGAGCUGGGGGUUCUGUGCAUCAGACCUGAACAGUACUUUUUCAAAUAGGGGGGACCUGAUUUCCAUGAGUUAUGUUUUUCUGUCAAUUGAAGGGUGAACUCAUAAUUUACCUAAAAGUCUACCAGUCGAGCAACAGCUAAUUUUAAGGUUGUUUGUUUAUUAUAUUAUAUAUAGUGUCAUAGUGUAAGUGAAUGCAUUAAGCUUUGCAACCAAUGAGUUUUGAGGCAGUAUCUACAGCUUAUUCAGUUGAAUUAAUCCUGAAUCAUCAUAAAUAAAUGGUAAUAUUGCAAAAUAAAUAAGAACAAUAGUAAAAAAAAUGCUACAAUACUUUUCAUUACCUCCAACAUUGAGGUUAUGUUUUCACUCAUGUCCCAUUGUGGAUUUGUUUGUAAGCAAAAUCCCGAAAAAACUGAUGAAACUUGAUGAAAGGAUGCAGUAUGGGUCAAGGUAGAUCCAAUACAAUUUUAGUAUGUUGUGAGAUAGGACGUUUUUCAACAUUUUCAUUCAUUUCCCAAUGAAUAAUUCAUUGAGCUUGAUGAAAAAGGUUUAUCUAUGAUUGUGUGAGAUUUGGUGUGGCAUGAUUGAAGGGGACUGCUCAGCCUUGGCGGAGGUACGUGUUUCACCGAGUGCCAUUAUUGUCAUAGAUUUAGUUUGAUAACAUGAACCAUGUGCACAGCAGAUGACUUUUCGUAUGUGUAUUUUAUUAAUUUGUGAUU